AUGGAUAAAAUAUCGACGCCCUCGACGAACUCCGUCCCUCUACAUGAGAUUGCUCCGGAGAAACAAGAUGAGAUAGUCUCAGCUUCUCGUAAAGAUGAUGUGGAGGAUGGAGAGAAAGAAUUCAUCGAACACGAUGCGCAAGCUGGUGUGCAGAAGAUGCAAGCUGCAACGUCGGUUUGGACAAAGGGACAUCUGAUCACAGCAUAUGCGCUGAUCUGGCUCAUAUACUUCGUAGCUUCACUGGAGGAGCUGGUGAUUCGAUCUCUGAAUCCAUAUGUUACCAGCUCAUUCUCUCUACACUCGUUGACUGCAGCUACCGGCAUCAUGGCGAGUAUAAUAGGAGGUCUAGCCAAGAUACCUCUGGCAAAGAUCUUGGAUACCUGGGGCAGACCGCAGGGUAUGUCGCUGAUGCUCCUCGUUUGGGUGCUGGGUUAUAUCAUGAUGGCGACGUGCAAAAACGUGCAAACGUAUGCUGCUGCUCAGGUAUUCUCCUCGACUGGAUCCCAAGGAAUCAGCUACUGCUUGACUGUCUUUAUAGCCGAUACGACGGCUCUGAAAAGCAGACCUCUUAUGCUGGCAUUUGCGACAUCACCAUAUAUCAUAACGAGUUGGAUUGGUGGACCGGUCGCGCAAAGUGUUGUGACGAGAGGUGGUCCAGGAUGGAGAUGGGGAUUUGGAAUUUUCUCCAUAGUGGUUCCAGUCGUGGUGUCGCCACUGAUCUUCCUGUUUCUCUGGAAUCACCGAAAAGCAAGAAAAGCCGGCCUCAUUUCAAGCACACCAAUCAGUCUCAGUCCAAAAUCCAUCAUAAACUAUGCCAUUGAGGUCGAUCUUGUUGGAAUACUGAUGCUGGCUUCUGGUAUGGCGUUGUUUCUGCUUCCAUUCAGUCUGUAUUCCUACCAACCCGACCAGUGGAGGUCUCCGAUGAUUAUCUGCAUGAUAAUCUUUGGCGGACUAUUGAUCAUUGCAUUCGCCUUCUACGAAAAAUACGUUGCACCUGUUACUUUCAUCCCCUUCGAGCUGCUUUUGGAUCGCACUGUGUUCCUGGCAGGCAUCAUGUUCACACUGGUGUUUUUCAACUCCAUCGUCUGGGGAAGCUAUUUCUUUUCGAUGUUGCAAGUCGUCUGGGGACUUAGCGUGAUCAAUGCUAGUUACGUCAGCGCCAUUUACCGUGUUGGAUCUUGCUUCUUUGCGAUUCUGGUCGGAGUUGCGAUUCGUUGGACUGGGAGAUUCAAAUGGAUUGCGCUCUAUUUUGCGAUUCCACUAAUGAUGCUUGGGGUUGGUUUGAUGAUACACUUCCGCCAACCAAAUAGCGACAUAGGCUAUAUCAUCAUGACACAGAUUUUCGUAGCUUUCUCGGGAGGCACCAUUGUUCUCUGCGGAGAAAUGGCUAUGAUGGCACCAUCUGAUCACCAGCACAUUGCAGUCAUCAUCGCCAUACUAAAUCUCUUCUCGAGCAUUGGAAGUGCUCUAGGUGGAACAGUCGCUACAUCCAUUUGGACCAGCGUUUUCCCAGCUGCUUUGAAGAAGUACCUGCCACCGGAUGUGGACUACAAGAUGGUGUACGGCUCUAUUCUCUGGCAGAUGUUUUAUGAAAAGGGCACACCGGCUAGAAACGCUAUCAACAGAGCGUAUGGAGAUGCUCAAAGAUUGAUGCUUAUCACUAGUGUAUGCUUGCUGGCAGGAGCUCUCAUAUGUGUUGCUUUCUGGAGAGACAUAAAUGUCAAACACAUUAAGCAAGUGAAGGGCCGUGUAUUUUAG